AUGGCGGACAAGUCUGAAAAUCCGAUGCGCCAGAUUCGAGUUGAGAAGCUCGUGUUGAACAUCAGCGUCGGUGAGAGUGGCGAUCGCCUGACACGUGCUGCGAAAGUGCUGGAGCAGCUAACAGAGCAGCAGCCCGUAUUCUCGAAGGCACGUAUGACGAUUCGUCAGUGGAGUGUCCGGCGCAACGAGAAGAUUGCUUGCCAUGUCACUGUCCGGGGCGAGAAGGCCGAAGAAAUCCUUGAAAAGGGAUUAAAGGUCAAGGAAUACGAGCUUCGAAAGAAAAAUUUUGCGAGAAACGGUAGCUUUGGCUUCGGCAUCACCGAGCACAUCGACCUUGGAAUCAAGUACGACCCUGGAACAGGCAUCUAUGGCAUGGACUUCUACGUUCACCUUUCCCGUCCUGGAGGUCGAGUCCAGUAUCGCAAGCUUCGAAGGGGCAGAGUGGGUUCGUCACACAGACUCAGAAAGGAAGAUGGCAUGAAGUGGUUUCAAACCAAGUAUGAUGGCAUCCUGCUCAACUGA